CUUUGGAUGGAGUGGAAAAGUGAAUAGUGAAAAAAGAGCGAGAAGGUGCUUUUUUUGAAUUAUUACCAGCAGUAGGGCAGGUAAUAAAAAUAACUUGAUUGAGUUUCUAAAGGAAAGAGUUAUCUCGCUGGAAAACGCAGCCAUGGGUAGUGUGAUUGGAUCAGCGAUGAAGGAGAAUAUGAAGGAGCAAAUAGAGGUUCAAGCUUCAAUGCAGCGUAAUAUGAUGGAGCGGCAAAUCAAGCUGCAGCUGAUGCUGCGCGAUCGCCAGGUGGCCAUGCAGCUGGCUCGCGGCCGUGAGAUGUUCAACUGGUAUGCGACCUUUGCGCUGGUCGUGUCUGGUGCGUGCAUCGGUGGGUUCCGCAAGACCAAGAACCCGGCAGUGUUUGCUCCACUGCUUCCAAUUUCCUUUGUCACCGCUUACCAAUGGGAUAUGUGCUACAAUGGAAAGAUGAACAGAAUUCGCGCUGGGGCAGAGAAGAUUAUGGCUGACGAGCAAGAUCUCAUUGGUAUUCCAGCUGGUCCACCGUCAGUUCGCAAGAUCGACGAAGAGCUAAGAAAAACGAUUUAGAUUUCCGCUCACCCGGCAUCGUAUGAUUGGUGUCGCCAUCAACAUGAACAUGGAGAUUCUGCUCUGCUAUCCAGACUGGUUUCUCAAUAGGCAAGUUGUACACUGCUGGCCUCGGCUUUCACACCACUGUAGUGCAGUGUGUAAAAGCCAGAUUAACUUAUAGAACUUUGCACCGAUUUCUAGGUUUUUUUGUUUGUUUGUUUGUUGUUUGCGGUCGUUUCAAUGCUGUCUAUUUGAAAACCGCAAUAGAUUUGUGCGCCUCAUGAUAUGGCAUCCCCACAGCAUUCCUUUCUUAUUCUACUUUUUAUGUACUGUCAAGACUCAGACCACUUCCAUGUGCUCUGCAUAUCAUACAUUAGUUUAUAAAUGACUUUGGGAUACCAUUUGUGUCCAAGCAUCUGAUAAUGAUAUACGCUAUGCUGUGUGCAUACUAGCGAGUGCGCUA